AAGCCGAACCGAUCCAAAUGAAAAUCGUCACAAAUUGAGUGCGGGUACACUGUCGUCUCUCGUCUUUGCGGAAAAAUCAAAUCUAUAUCAGAAAAACCGGAGGAAAUUCUUUAUUCUCCUGCUCGAGCUCUAAGUGCGAGGAAUCCCCUCUCAUUUUUGUUGUGUGCCCUAAAACAAAAUCCCAGACAAUAAAGUAAACAAAGAAAUGUUUAUCCAAAACCAAAUGAAUAUCUCUCAAUUACCGACGAAGGGGCUUCCAUAAACAAAAUUCCAAAACUUCUAUUCUAUCCCUCCAUCUCCAUGUAGUGCAAGUGGAACCAAACGAUUAAUAAUUGUAGGCGUAACAAGCAACAACCAUCAACCGCACGACCGAGACUGAGACAACUACGAACUACGUACGACGGACGGUGGACGAAUCUAUUCCAUAAAACCACAAUUCUAGUUGAGACGAAGGUAAAGACGAAGACGAUCCAGACCCAGGAAGUUUUCUCGUUCUUUUUUUUGUUCGUUCUGUUGAAGGAAUAAUAAUUUUUCAUGUGAUAUAAAGAAUUCUGCGAAUACUUUUUCACCACCGACUUCAUGUGAAUCUAGCGAUCUCGAUUUCAUUUUCGUUUUCGCUCAAUUAAUAGUUUCGUGCUUCGAUUGUGGUUUUGUGUGUUGAUUUGUUCUUGAGUUCUGUGGGUGGAUUUAGCGUUUUCCUAGGCAGCUGGCUGCAAAAUCGCCAUGUGGAAGUGUCACAAGUGUGGAAAGCCCGUCUACUUUGCCGAGAGGAAGCAAUCGCUGGGAUAUGAUUGGCAUCCAGAGUGUUUGCGGUGCGAGGAAUGUGGUAAACGAUUGAAUCCCGGUCAACAUGCUGAGCAUAAAGGAGUGCCUUAUUGCCAUGUGCCCUGCUACGGUGCCCUAUUUGGACCCCAAUUAUUUGGUCAUGGCACGCGUGUAGAAUCUCAUAAGAAUUUCGGACAGAAAGGUAUCCAGCGGGCCAAUAGUAAUGGUACACCAGCGUUUCCAAGGGAUCAUUUGGAAUCAAAAUUAAAGUUAUAUAAUCAAUUUUAUGACAAUAAAAGCUUAGAGGUGCGUAGCCGUGAGGUUAACAAUAGACUGAUACUUGAAGGUGCUUUACGAGUAUAUUGGGGUGUGCAAGGUGUGAUCCAUUUGAAAGAAGAUGACGACCAACGGACUGUUGCAAUACGUAAACGAAAUUCGGGAAGAUAUUCCACAAGCAGUGCAGUGGAUCAGGAGAAUUCAGAUAAAGAAAACGACGGCACAGAAUCAGUUGAUCCCGCAACAACCACAACUACAACUGGAGGCUUAGUUGAUGAUCUUUCGACUGAUGUUUCCCUCUCUGAAAGUAUGACCUUUGAUUCGUGCAGCUUAAAUGAGUAUCCUCUAUCGGAGGAAGCCACAACACCGACUACACCAACAGCGACGCAAUCAACAUUAACAACAAACACAGGCAGCUCAGCAUCGACGCUUCCCUCGAAGUUGGACAGUAUAAACAACUUGGAAUGGGAUGAAAUUGAUGAUUUAUUACAGGUCGAACGGCGAUUCAGUGAGAAGGAUAAGAUCUAUGAAACAAUGCCAGUUAAGUUGCCAUCAUCACAAUCUUCUAGUGAAAGUUCUCCGACCAAGAGUGCAUCAGAGCAAAGUAGCAGCAGUACCACAGAAACAUCUUCAGAUAAUUUCAUAACAGCUUCGGCUUCCUUGGGCACAACAACAACAGAAACAACAACGACCAAUCCAACAACUGACAACGAUGAUGACACUCUAAAGCCGAUGGAUUUUGAAGAUUUCAAACGCAGCAUUCAUCAGGAAUACGUAAAUGGCUCAAAUGAUUUUCCCGAAAUUAACGAAGAUACAUUGAAGAAGAACCAACCAAUUGAUCCGUCGAGAAUAAACGAUUCGUUGAAGCUUUACGGUGAGAACGCGAUGAGUAAGAGUUUCAAUUGUGAGCAAGCAUUGCGCUCGAUUGAUCCAGCCAUGAUCAAUGACACUCUCUGCAGAAGAGUCGUUAGCGGAAUUGAACAUUCAUCGGCGAGAAAUUACGCCCUGCAGAAAUCCGGUUCGGCUAAUUUGAAUCACAAUCAAAAUGGUCGAUCGGUGUUCGAGAAGGGCAUCAAUCGGUCAAAGUCUGGUCCGACUUGCUUUGAAUUUACCGACAGCGAGGAUGAAUCUUCGACUCUUAAGCCUCGGAAGCCAUCGACGAUAAAACGUAACGAACAGCGCUACGUGAACAUCCGCAUGGAUUGCUAUCCCAAUCAAAGUGACAAUGACACAAGCAAGGGCGGCGAUACAAAUAGUUCGGAUGUUGCGGGAGAACUAACAGCCACAGAGACGUGCAUAAACGGGCAGCAGUUUCAUGUUACUGAAGAUGGAGUGGUAUUGCGGCGACCGCCUAGAACUGGGUCGACUGCAAUUAAGAGGAGGUCAGGCAAUAAGAGAUCUCGUACAAAGCUAAAGCGCCGUUGCUCCAUCAAUGGACAUUUUUACAAUCGCGAAACAUCAUUUUUCACUCCACCCUAUGGAUCUCAAAUGAGUGUUUGGGUGACCUCGUUGGUGACAACUCAAGAAGUUAUAAAUCUCAUUUUAGAGAAAUACAAAGUCGAUAGCCCGGCAGAGAAUUUUUCACUGUUCAUUUUGCGAGACAAUGGCGAGCAGAAGCGAUUAAAGGAUCAAGAUUAUCCUUUAGUUGUUCGAAUAAUGCUCGGUCCACACGAAGAUGUAGCUCGAAUGUUUCUCAUGGAUGCCCAAAGGACUCAAGAAAUAAGCAAUGAGGUUGCUCAAUUUAUCAACCUCUCCGUACCAGAGUGCUGUGCAAUUUUAAAUCGCUACAACGAUGAGUUAGAGCGUGAAGUCGCCAAAGUUAGAGAAAAAUAUGCUGAAUUGCGUCGUCGCAUUGUCAGUCGUAUGGAAUCUUUAAAAGUUCGUUUAUAAUCUCGUCAUCUUUAAUUAUUUAGGAUCUUCGAAAUUUAUAAUGGAUUUUAUAUAUUUUCGAACUCCAAUGAAAAUCAGAGUAUUUACAGACAACCUAACACAUUUAUUCAAUCAUAUUCCUAAAUAAUUGUUUUCAUAUAUUAAUUAAUUGCAUAUUUUAUAAUAAUUAUUAUUUUUCUUACCUAUGGGAUUCCAGUUUCUUCGAUCACCACCAAAAUCGCUUUAAAAAAGAAAACAACAAUAUUUUCUUUUUUUAUAUAAGUAGUUUAUUUCAUUCAGACCAUAAAUUAAAGUAAAGUUUUAGACUGAAUCAGAGCAAAUUAAGUAUUAUGAUAAAAUGUAAAGAAAAAACAAACAAACAAUUAAUUUCUUAUUGAAACUUUUGAACUUUAACACUCAGCUAAAUUGUGUGCAUGUAAAAAUUAAAACAAAUAUCCUUUUGGUGUUUAGUGUUUUAGGUUUUAGAAGAAAAACUUAAAUUUUAAAAUGUUUUACCUUCUUCGCUUAACCGAAAUGGUAUUAAGUUCACAAAUUUGUACUCAUAUUUUUUCAAAAAUGUUUUUGAAUCUCGAACAAAAAAACAGAAAUACUUUGAGGUUGUUUUAUUUUGUUUUGUUUAGUUUAAGAAAAAAAAAACGGAUUAGAAUUUUUUAAUAAAUUUUUUAAAAGAAGCCAUUUAA